AUGGGAGCGUCCAGGAGUAAGCUCGCCUACGCUCCAGAGGACACAGAGGUCGAGCAGAUCACCACCGUCUUCGCCCCGACAUCUUGCGCGACACCUGCCACCGACCCACUCCUGUCCCAGCUCCAGAGCUUGGAGCAUUCCCUGCCCAUCAUCCCCUCCAGCCUCAAGGUCGACUGGCGGGAGAUCCAGCGGUACACCAUCCAGCCCGUGGCUGAUGGGCUGGGCAGCGUGCACGCACUCAUCGAAACCUACCUGAAGAGAACCCCGUCGGCCAACCUCGCCGAGGACGAGGAAGCCACGCGCGCGGCGAUCCUGGCCGAGCUGCGCGCCUUUGUGCACGAGAUGCGCGCCCCCGGCCCCGACACCGAUGCGCUACUGGAGAAGCUGGAGGGUGCGGUGCGUGGCCUGUACGCCAGCGUGCACAGCGUGCAGCGCAUGGAGCCCCCUGUCGUGGCCGACAGUGGCGUGCGGGUCGCCUGA